GUGCACACGCGCCCCGCCGCGCCGCACACGAUGGCGGCCAUACCGCCGUACCUCCCCGUGUAGCCGCGCACUCCCCUCACCGCCCCCCGCUGCCGCCCCGCUGCCUUGCCCCGGCCGCGCCGCUACUCGGGUUCAUGGACAAGAAGCUGUCGUUGAAGCUGAACGGCGGGCGGCACGUGCAGGGCAUCCUGCGCGGCUUCGACCCCUUCAUGAACCUCGUCAUCGACGAGUGCGUGGAGAUGGCGGCGGGCGGGCAGCAGAACAACAUCGGCAUGGUGGUGAUCCGAGGGAACAGCAUCAUCAUGCUGGAAGCUUUGGAGCGAGUAUAAACCCCUGGAAAACCCCAAGUCCUCACCCACUGCUUCCGUUCCCUCGUCCAAGAUGCAUCCCACUAGUGUACAAUUGUUUUGGUUUUGUUAUUAAAUCAAUUUUGUAAUGGUUGACCUAAA